ACUCGCAUAGCCUCAGUGUAGUUUUCACAUAACUGGCUUUUGUAUUGCCAAGUUAGCACUCAGCGCUGCGAUUAUUGAUUACAAACGGACUGUAAACUGAGAUAAAGACUUCUGGAAACUUGUGCCAGCAGUAUGACAUCAACUGACCUCCCUGUUGUGGACUUUUCCAUGCUGAAUAUUGCAAAUGUUAGGGUUACCGAAGCACCAGUCUUACGGGAGACUGGCAGACUGAAACCAUUGGCUGAUGACCUGAUGAAAGCCUUAGAAGAAUUCGGCUUUUGUUAUUUGAAAAAUCAUGGGAUGUCUCUUGACAAGAUGAGACACUUGUUUGAAGUAACCAGAGAUGUAUUCGCAUUGCCUGAAGACGUAAAGAAAAAGUACUCCAGACGAGACGACGCUCUAUAUCACGGAUACGGUACCAGAGAGAUUGAAAGGUCCCAGGAAGUGAACUCUGUGGAAAGGUACGAGACAUUCAUGGUGUGUCCCCGACAGGCUGACGACCACUGGGCUCAGGAAGUGUCCGAGUUCAAACCCGCCUCUCUGGACGUGUUCUAUGAGUUUCAGGAGUUUUCUUACCGUGUUUGUGACGUGAUCGGGGUCGGACUUGGAUUAAAGGAUUGUGGUUACAUCAGACGAUGCCACCUGGACGACCACGCGGAAUUGCGAGAUUCUCUCUAUCAUAGUUACCCGGAUGACUUCAUACCUCAGCCCGGGCAAGUUCGUUUUCUGGAGCACUACGACCUUGGAACCGUGUCCUUCAUCUACCAGGACAGUGCUGGCGGACUUGAGGUGAUGCGAGAAUCGGGAGAGUGGAUGGCUGUACCGUACAUCCCGGGCACAGUGGUCAUGUUAGUAGGCAAACUCAUGCAAAGAUGGACCAGCGACAGGCUAAAAGCUGUGUUUCACCGUGUAGUUAUUCCCCCUGACCUGGAAUCCAGACGGACAGACAGACAAUCCUUAACGUUCUUUCUGGUACCGGCCGAUGAUUUUGAGGUCAGGUGUCUAGACGGCUCAGAUAGAUAUGAACCUGUUACAGUAAAGAGCUACGCUGCCAAGAAUACUUACGAAGGAACCCUUGUUGACGUUUAA